UUUUUUUUUUUUUUUCUUUUUCCCUGCCCUCGUCCUUCCGAUGUAUUUUUUGCUGUCCCCCCCCGGCAUGGCCCCGCUGUGGUGGUUGCUGGGCUCGCUGGUGGCCGCGGUGGCGGGGGGGGGGUCGGUGGAGCAGCCCCCCGCCUCCGAGCCCGCCUGCCCCGUGUGCCUGUGGCGGCGGCAGAGCAAAGAGCUGCGGCUGGAGAGCAUCAAGUCGCAGAUCCUGAGCAAGCUGCGGCUGAAGGAAGCGCCCAACAUCACCCGGGAGGUGGUGAAGCAGCUGCUGCCCAAGGCCCCCCCGCUCCAGCAGCUCCUGGACCUCCACGACUUCCAGGGGGACUCGCUGCAGCACGACGAGUACCUGGAGGAGGACGAGUACCACGCCACCACCGAGACCGUCAUCAGCAUGGCCCAGGAAACGGACCCGGUGGUGCAGAUCGAGGGCAACCCGCACUGCUGCUUCUUCAACUUCAGCCCCAAGAUCAUGUUCACCAAGGUGGUGAAGGCGCAGCUCUGGGUGUACCUGCGGCCGGUGCAGCACACCUCCACCGUGUACCUGCAGAUCCUGCGCCUCAAGCCCGUCACGGACGAGGGCAGCCGCCACAUCCGCAUCCGCUCGCUCAAAAUCGAGCUCAACUCGCGCGCCGGCCACUGGCAGAGCAUCGAUUUCAAACACGUCCUGCAGAACUGGUUCAAGCAGCCGCACAACAAUUGGGGCAUCGAGAUCAACGCCUUCGACCCCAACGGCAACGACCUGGCUGUCACCUCGCUGGGGCCCGGCGCCGAGGGGCUGCACCCCUUCAUGGAGCUGCGCGUCCUGGAGAACAACAAACGCUCCCGGCGGAACCUGGGGCUGGACUGCGACGAGCACUCGACGGAGUCGCGCUGCUGCCGCUACCCGCUCACCGUGGACUUCGAGGCGUUCGGCUGGGACUGGAUCAUCGCCCCCAAGCGCUACAAGGCCAACUACUGCUCGGGCCAGUGCGAGUACAUGUUCAUGCAGAAGUACCCGCACACGCACCUGGUGCAGCAGGCCAACCCGCGCGGCUCGGCCGGGCCCUGCUGCACGCCCACCAAGAUGUCCCCAAUCAACAUGCUCUACUUCAACGACAAGCAGCAGAUCAUCUACGGCAAGAUCCCCGGCAUGGUGGUGGAUCGCUGCGGGUGCUCCUAGAGCCGCCCUGCCUCCCUCCCCUGCCUCCCUGUCCCCCCCAAAAAAAGCGCCGGGGGUUCCCCUCCGAGCGGACCCCCCCGCCCCCCGCGCCGCCGCUGCGGACUCCUCUUUUUUCCGCCUUUUUUUAUUUUUUUUUAAAUUUUUUUUUUGUUGUUGUUGAUGGUUCGGGGCGGGGCGGGAAGCGCAAAGUGACAAAGGCCAAGCGUUGAAAUCGGUUUGGAUGGCGGAGGAGAGAGAGAGAGAGAGCGGGAGAAUCGCACGGAGCAGCGAGCCCGCGAUCCCAGCGCAUUGUGCAAUAAAAGCGACCGGACGGAGAAGGGAAGGACGGGGGGGGCCGGGACCCCCAGAACGCGGUGGCGACACGGGGACACCGCGGGGACACGGCCCCGAGUGGCGGCUCCCCCGGGCCAGCGGCAGCAGCAGGAGGAGGAGGAGGAGGAGGAGGAGGAGGAGGAAGAGCGAGCGCACCCCGCUGGUGCCUCCCCGCGCUCCUGGAGCAGCGCUGGGGACCCCGCUGGUGCCACCCGAGGGGGGGUGACCCCGGCAGCGAGGUCCGGCCGCGGGACCCCCGGCACCGGGAGGGAACCGCCUCCCUUCGUUUAAUUUAUUUAUUUAUUAAUCACCCUCCCGGCCGGCGCUCGCCCCGCUCCCUCCCCUGGCAGCCCGGAGA